AGUUUCCAUGAAAAUAUGGGAAGACAUACAGAAAAGAGAGACAAUUCUAGGAAUCACUGCCUGGCCUUGGGUUGGCAUCUAUGGGGGAAAAUGGAAGCAAAAAGGGUGGCCCAUUUCCAAGACUUGUUGCCAGUUAUGGCUCAAAAGCUAGGAGGGGAAGGACUUAUCAAAGAGCUAUGCAAUGGGUUCAAGCUAUUGAUGGAUUCUGAAAAGGGGCUUAUCACAUUUGAGAGUCUCAAGAAGAACUCUGCUUUUCUUGGGUUAGAAGAUUUCAGUGAUAAAGAGCUGGAGGGUAUGGUGGGAGAAGGAGAUUUGGAUGGUGAUGGGGCCUUGAAUGAAAAGGAGUUUUGUGUUCUGAUGUUCAGAUUGAGCCCUCAGUUGAUUAAUGGGGCUGAGACAUUGUUAGAUGAAGCUUUUCUCCAUGAAUCAAGUUUCAGGCAAGCGUGAUUUGUUUUGUAUUUUCUUCUUUUUUUUGUUGUUGUUGUUUGGUCAUGUUCUGCAGAAGAUAUGAAAUAUGAGUAUAUUACCUCA